GGGGAAGGGAAGUCCCGCCCCGCCCGCCCCGUUCCCGGUGCCUCGGUCCCUCCCUCCGCGGAAGGCGGGAAGCGGCGCCGGCGAUGGGCGACAUCCACGAGGUGCCGCGGCCGCGCAUCGCCACCGGGCAGCUGGCGCAGCACAUCGGGCAGCCCGUCUGCUUCGUGGGCCGCGUCGAGAAGAUUCAUCCUACUGGAAAGCUUCUCGUGCUUUCGGAUGGCGUAGGGAAGCAUACGACCGUGGAGCUGAGCGAACCUCUAGAUGAGGAGAUCUCAGGAAUUAUUGAAGUAGUGGGAAGAGUAACAAAUCAGGCAACCAUCAUGUGUGUGUCAUAUGUCCAGUUCAGAGAAGAUAAAAGUCCAUUUGAUCUGGAACUCUACAAUGAAGCGCUAAAAAUUAUUCAUGAAUUCCCUGAAUACUUCCCAUUUGGUACUGGGAGGAACACUUGAUUUUUCUUAGCAUAUAUUUAUUGCUUCAGGGGUGACAACAGUACCUGACAGCAUGGUAACAGUUGCAUUUAUUUUCAACAUAUGUACCGAAAAGAUGCUGUUACGUGUGCUAAGUAUUGCCAAUGUAGAAUAUUUUCUUUGCAAAUGUAUUUAUUCAGCAAGGAGAAUACUUCUGUGGAUGUCUUGCUCACUGUAUAUAUCUAACCCUUUUGCAUCCAUGAGGAGUGUUCUCUUACAGGAUUAGAUGUGGCAGAAACAGAAGUUUUGUAAGAAUCCUUUUGUUAUUAGGAGAGGUUCUAGGAUAUUUUACUGAAGUAAUUUGGUGGGGUUUUACUAUAAAGAUUUUUAAUUUCAGUUGCUUUGAUACAAAUUUAUUGAACAGGGGGCAGUAUUUUGGAUCUUGAAAAUGGUCUCAACCAAUAAAAAAGGCCUCACACUUAA